UUGUCUAUCCCACAUGUAACGUUAUUUCUCGCAUUGUUUCAUUCGGCCGUAUCAAUAACUGGCACAUAAGGCGCACGAUGGACAAGGUGGAUCCCUGAAUCGAAAAAAUUGUUAACAUGAUUAGGAUCGGAUUAAAAUAGAAAAUGGUUUGAUAAUCUCUUCAAUGCAUGAGCAUUAAUUAAGGCUACAUCUUGCCAGUCAGCAAAACUGAAUGCAAGCCUAUGGCAACUAUUUGGUAUUUUGCAAACGAGGCAAUUAUUGGAUUUGGGCUAGCGUAGUUGAUCGGAUACAAUGUUGCCAUUGUCGAUCGUGAGGACAUAUGUUGAACUGGCUCGUGCUGGACCUUAGCCUAGCCAUUGUCAUUGUAGCCGAAAAGCAAAAGCUCAAGCGUUGGUUCUGCCUUAAAUAUGGCAGGGCGCCGGAGCUGUGUGAAUUCGCUUUGGUCUGGUACCGAGCGGGUCCGAAUCAGCGAGCGUCUGAAAGCGACCUUGGCGGGCAUCUUCGAACUAGACCUUCUCAGGGGAAAACAUCUGGAGAUGGUCGAUGCUGCUCUGGUCGAUAAAGACACCAACAACCGGACUGGCAUCGAUCAAGAGGGGCCACAUCUCGAGAGCGCAGCCUCCGACGGCUCUGCGACAUCCCGGCGGCAACAGGUUCCCUCUCCUUCAGAAGUGGUAUCACCCGCCCAGAGUACCACGUUGGACAGUGGAGGGAACUCCGGAGAGGGUCCGGUCCAUUCCAGAGGCAGUGAGGGAAACUCACGAUGGUCCACUCUGUCUUGGGAUACCCCCUCAGACCUGCUCUCUCCUCCAACUCCAGAACCAGAUAGUGGGGGCCAUUUGGACUUUGACUCUAGGCCCAGCUCAGGUUUUUACUCGGUCAGUGGCAGCUCCCUGUCUGACUCCUGCUACUCUGUGUCCAGUGAGGCUGCCCAGGGGGGGCUGGGGAGGCUCGCUCCCCUGUCUGGGGGGAGCUCCAGGCUGUGGGAGCAGCGUCCUCUCUCUGCAGACCACAGUGACACCCAGUGGCCGGAGGCAGCAGCACAGAAGCAGCCAACAGCUCAUAGCACAGAGGAAACUUCAGGGGUGGCUGACAGGAGGCCUGUGUCCACAGGUGAUCUGGACCUUAAUGGCCUGAUGUUCUUAACAGACCUCUGCUCCAGCCUGGGAGACCCGCAGGCCGGCCCCCUCAUCCUCCCCCUCUCUGACCUCACUUCCUCUUACAUCCGCCCCCAGCUGGACACCCGUUUCUGCUCAGACCUGGUGUCCCGUCGGACCAAGGAGGUGUACCCCUACCCCAGCCCUCUGCACGCUGUUGCCCUCCAGAGCCCCCUCUUCACCUCCAGCCAGGACCCCUUACCACCUCCCCGCCUCUCCCCCAGCUCCGAUGGAACCCAGCCUGGAGAACAACCAUCACCCUCUCACCCUGCCCUGGUCCUUGAGCCACCCCAACCCCCCCCGUCCCCCUCCCUGACCCAGCUGGAGCAGUACAUCGCCAGACUGGCCCACCAGUACCAGAGCCGGGUUGCCUGCAACCUCACCCCCUCUGCCACUCCUGGUCCUGGGGGCCAGCGGGUCCCGAGGACCCCGCGCCACGGCUCCACGCAGUCCUUAUCAGCCUUUGAGAACCGCUGUACCCCCUCCAGCCACCCAGGGGGCAGCAUGACACCCUGUAAGUCCCUGCUAGGGAACUCCGGGCGGGUGAGCCUCAGCAACAUUGGACGGAAAGCCAGCAGGAACUCUAUCAACCUGGGGCACCUGCCCUCCGUGACCGGAGAGGAUCUGAACAUCAGCCUCCACCUCAACCUUAAUCUCAACCUCAACCCAGCCCUCAACACCAAACCAGGGAUGGAUCCAAAACACUCCAGGGAAGGGUCUGGAUCAGUUGGGGCCUUGAAAGGCGACUUUGUUACCCCCACUUCCUCCUCCUCUUCCCUCUCCACUUCUACCCCCACCCCAGCCAUGAGACCCCGUCCUCGGAUCUCCACCUGCCCUUCGUCCCUCAGCCAUCGCAGCUCCUUGGAGGUCACGGGUUCAGGAGCAGGGAUGGGGUCCCUGGCUUUCUCUCGCUCACUGGACUGGAGCAGUGCGUCACCACGACCAAUGUCCGUUCCCAGUUCUAGUUGUGGUUUGGGUUCUAGUCCCGGCCUGGCUUCAGAGCCCAGCACCAAGCUGUGCGAGGACUCGGCCAUGGUAGCAGAGAUCUCCCGACUCUCAGGUUUGCCUCGGGCUGUUGUGAUUGGCCUGAUGGAGCAGGGGGUGGAGCUAGACGUGGACUGUUUCCAGAGCGAUGCGGAUAGGAAGGGUCCAGGGUUAGAGGUCACAGGGGUCAAAGCCCCAGGCUCCUACUCCCGGUCAGUGGGGCAGACUGAACCCUCUCAAUAUCCCAGCCUUCACCUUCAUGCCACUACUGGUGGUGAUACAGACUUGAACCCACCCAGGCCUAUCCAGCUCUCCCUCAGUGUAUCCCACUCCCCCCAGUCUCAUUCUGGUCUCACUCCCCCCCUCGCCCACUCUCCCCAAUCUCACCCAAGCCUGACCCCCCCACGUUCCCUCUCCCACUCCCCCCAGUCCCACUCCAGCAGCCCUCACCACCCGUACCAGUCCACCCCAACACAUACGCACCACACACCCCACUCUUUCUCCUCACACUACCAACACCACGCCCCCUCUGACCCUCCUUCCUCCUCCACUGCCUCCUCCCCUGCCUCCCGUCAAAACAGGGUGCGCUCCCCGCCCCGCCCCCUUCAGCCCUCCCCGCUUGGCCCCACCCCUCUGUCCGUGUUCCGUCGCGAUGCGCCGUUCCAGUGUUCCUUGCCACGUGUCAUUGCAGGCGACUCGCCAGUAGGGGGCGGUCUCAGGCCCAGGGGAGGCUCUCUACGGCAGGCUGGAGGAGGAGGGGCUGGAGGAGGAGGAGGGAUUGGGGGUGGAUGGAGGAGAGUGGAGGGGGAGGGACUGUAUCAGGGAAAACACAUCUCCCGGGAGCUGGUGAGGGCAUCGACGGUGAGCAGCUUUGCCCGGCAAGAGAGCUAUGGCAGCAGCUGGGGGAGGAGCGAUGAGGGGGCAGUACAGAUGCCUAAAAGGACAGCAAGAUUCUGCAAGGGCUUUGAGGGAUAUUUCAUGGGCAAGGAGGAAGAAGAGGAGAUGACGGAGGAGGGGGUCUGGAGGAGAGAUGGCGAAGGGAGCAGGAGGAAAGACUACCAAAAGGUGAAGGCAAGACCGAAGGAGACCUCCUGGAUCAAGAAAAAGGGUAAAGGAGGUUGGGACAAGCGCAGCUCCAGUCUGCGACUCUCCAGAAGGGCCCUGUUCCGCAGUGAGUCCCAGGGCAGGCUGGAGCCCCAAUCCCAGCCAGAGGAGUCCUUUCAGGGGGCACAGUGGGCCUCCUCUUUAGACGUGACCAUGGGGGGCCUGGAUUACAGUGUGGAAGGGGGACGAGGAAGAGGGUUAGGGGGGAGAAAGAGGGAGGACAAACGCCUCUCAUCCACCGCCAGUCUCUUUCACCUGUCUCGCUCUCAAAGCCUGGAGGGAAGCUGCCAUUCCCUCUCUCCUCCCCUCUCCUCCCCCUCGUUCUCUCCUUCCCCUCCUCCGCGGGCGCCUCUCACGCGCUCUCGCUCGCUGAGGGACUUGGGCCGAAGAGUGUUUGGCUCGGUGCGAUCGCUCAGUUUGAAACACAAGACACAAAAGAAAUGAGAAAAGUAUGAUGAUGAACACAGUGUUUUCUUCCUGUUUUACAAUCAAAAGUUCUAGUGACAGUUCAUUGUAUUUUGGUAUUUAAGGGAAUUCCCCAUUCUAAACUUGAUUUUGUUUAACUUGACUCUCAGCCAGUGGGUUUGUGUGUGUGUGCGUGUGAGAAAGACGGUUUGUGUGUAUGAAUACCCUAGCUCUCUGCAUGCCGUACUGUGACUAUCUAUAUGCGCUGUGAUGGCCAUUGUAAGAAUGUGAGCUUCCUUUACUAUUUGUUGUUGCCUUUGAAGUACAAUCAUAUUGACCAAAACCAAGCAAAUACUCUAUAAAUUGAUAUAGUGCUCAGGA